CGAAAUAUUUCCAUACUGCCGCGGCGCAUUCGCAUUCCUUUUUUCUUGUUCCGCAACAACCUCAACCUCAACACCGCCGCCACACCCACACCCUCUCCCUCUUUGUAAAGCACUGCCGUUUUGAGCAGUGCCGUCACCUGGUCUCUGGUUUUGUUUCGUAAUAUUGCGUACUCACCUACCCACAAUGUUCGCCUCGCGACUGUCUCGGGCUCUCCCCCGGGCCACCCCCAGGUCCGCGGCUUUGCUCAGGGCAAGGCCUAUGACCCCGGCCUUUGCCAGGUUCGAGUCCACCUCGUCAGAUGACAAGGUCAAGGGCGCCGUGAUCGGUAUCGAUCUGGGCACGACGAACUCUGCUGUUGCCAUCAUGGAGGGCAAAACCCCCAAGAUUGUUGAGAACGCAGAAGGUGCCCGCACAACCCCCUCAGUCGUUGCCUUCACGGCCGACGGCGAGAGGUUAGUGGGUGUUGCGGCGAAGCGCCAGGCCGUCGUCAACCCGGAGAACACUCUGUUCGCUACCAAGCGCCUGAUCGGCCGCAAAUUCACCGAUGCCGAGGUUCAGCGUGACAUCAAGGAGGUUCCUUACAAGAUCGUCCAGCACACCAACGGCGACGCCUGGGUUGAGGCCCGCGGCCAAAAGUACUCGCCUUCCCAGGUCGGCGGCUUCGUGCUGAACAAGAUGAAGGAGACUGCCGAGGCCUAUCUGGGCAAGAACGUCAAGAAUGCAGUUGUCACCGUGCCUGCCUACUUUAACGAUUCGCAGCGGCAGGCCACCAAGGACGCCGGUCAGAUCGCUGGUCUCAACGUCCUCCGUGUCGUCAACGAGCCCACUGCCGCUGCCCUGGCCUACGGUCUGGAGAAAGAGGCCGACCGCGUUGUUGCCGUGUACGAUCUUGGUGGUGGCACUUUCGAUAUCUCCAUCCUCGAGAUCCAGAGCGGUGUUUUCGAGGUCAAGUCCACCAACGGUGACACCCACCUUGGUGGCGAGGACUUCGAUAUCCACCUCGUCCGCCAUAUCGCCCAGCAGUUCAAGAAGGAGUCGGGGAUUGACCUGUCCAACGAUCGUAUGGCCAUCCAGCGCAUCCGUGAGGCUGCCGAGAAGGCCAAGAUUGAGCUGUCGUCUUCGCUUGCCACCGACAUUAACCUGCCCUUCAUCACCGCCGACGCAUCCGGCCCGAAGCACAUCAACAUCAAGAUGACCAGGGCUCAGCUGGAGAAGAUGAUGGAGCCCCUCAUCACCCGCACCAUCGAGCCUGUCCGCAAGGCCCUCAAGGACGCCAGCCUCCAGGCCAAGGACAUCCAAGAGGUUAUCCUGGUUGGUGGCAUGACCCGCAUGCCCAAGGUUGGCGAGUCUGUCAAGAGCAUCUUCGGUCGUGAUCCUGCCAAGUCGGUUAACCCCGAUGAGGCUGUUGCCGUUGGUGCUGCCAUCCAGGGUGCUGUCCUUUCGGGCGAGGUCAAGGACCUGCUCCUCCUCGACGUCACCCCUCUUUCGCUCGGUAUCGAGACCCUCGGCGGUGUCUUCACUCGCCUGAUCAACCGCAACACGACCAUCCCCACCAAAAAGUCGCAAGUCUUCUCCACCGCCGCCGACUUCCAGACUGCUGUCGAGAUCAAGGUCUACCAGGGCGAGCGUGAGCUCGUCAAGGACAACAAGCUUCUUGGCAACUUCCAGCUGGUCGGCAUCCCGCCCGCUCACCGUGGUGUCCCCCAGGUCGAGGUCACCUUCGAUAUCGACGCCGACUCCAUUGUUCACGUCCACGCCAAGGACAAAUCCACCAACAAGGACCAGUCCAUCACUAUUGCCUCGGGCUCGGGUCUGUCGGAUAACGAGAUCCAGCAGAUGGUUGAAGACUCAGAGAAGUACGCCGAGCAGGACAAGGAGCGCAAGGCCACUAUCGAGGCCGCCAACAAGGCCGACAGCGUCCUCAACGACACCGAGAAGGCUCUGACUGAGCACGCCGACAAGCUUGACAAGGCCGAAGCCGACUCUCUGCGCGAGAAGAUCGCUAGCCUGCGCGAGUUUGUUAGCAAGAACCAGUCUGGCGAGGGCACCGCCACGGCUGCCGAGAUGAAGGAGAAGACCGACGAGCUCCAGAACGCCAGCCUUAACCUCUUCGACAAAAUGCACAAGGCCCGCGAGGCUGAUGCCAACAAGGCCAACGACUCGAACCCUUCCGACGGCGAGAAGAAGGACGGGUCUAAGCCUUAAAAGGCCACCGCCUUCAAGUUAAUUAUUCGCACGGGCUCCACGAAUCAUCCUCUCUCCCUCUGCAUAUACCCCCCCUCCCACUCGUGGUUUCUCAAAGCAACAUGCCUGAGUAUCGGCUGGCGUCUCGACACACGCGAAACUAGAUCCCAUUUAUCCUGUAGUUACUUGUACUUAUAUCUUCUUGCCUUAUUUCGCGGUCUCGCCGGCGGCUCGGGUGGUCAUCAGCGAGCCGCCUGGUCGACUUGUCACAACAUUUGUGUUAGCUACAUUUGGGGAGCUGGUGGCGGCGUUCUCGAGAAUUAAAAAUCGGUGUUUCGUUUUUUGCUGGCUGUGUAUUUCCAAAAAGCCAAAGCAGGACUGUGGUCACAGGCUGCGUGUAUAUAGCGAGCGGGUUUUCAUCGGGACAUAAGAUGAUAAUGAAGACAUUCUCCCCUCCA